AUGAACUUCAGCAGCAAAAUUCUGGAGACGAAGAAGAUCAUUGGUAUGACCAUUACUGGCGCAUCAAUCAACAUUGGCUUGCUAAAGCAAGUGAAGCCUGAUGUCGUCAUUGUUGAAGAAGCAGCCGAAGUACUUGAACCUCAAAUUCUUGCUGUCCUUGGCCCAUGGGUGAAGAAUUUGAUUUUGAUCGGAGAUCACCGACAAUUGCCACCUCCAGUUGAAACCUACACUCUGAAGCAAAACCACCUCUUCGACACGAGCAUGCUGGAGCGGCUGAUUCAUAACAAGCUGCCAAAUGUGGAGCUCAGUCGACAAGGUCGGAUGCUGCCAUCACUCUGCCGGCUCUUGAGUCCGAUCUAUCCAUUCCUGGGCAACAAUGAGAAAGUCGUCAAGAAGCUUCGGGCCCCUGAAUGCGUGGAAUCAGAAGUCUUCUUCUGGAAUUGCCCUCACGAAGAGGAGAAGGCUGAGAGGAGCCAUGUCAACAAUCACGAAUGUGAACGGGCGGUGCGCUUAACGUUCUUCUUUAUCUCGCAGGGCUAUCAGCCUUCGAAGAUUACGGUGUUGGCAGCGUAUCAAGCGCAAACGUUUUUGAUCAAUCGUGAAAUCAAGAAACAGCUGCCUGAGUACCUCCGGGGAAUUGGUUUCAAGCGCGAACUCGUUUCCUUCAAAGCAGAACUGGACCCAAGCCUCAUCAAGCGUGGUAAUGUGGUGGAUAUCACGGACACUGUCCUUGAACAAGGCCGAGUGCUUGGAGCAGGAGGGCAAAAGGUGAAGACUGGCAGGUACAUUCUCAAGUCGCCAGUGCCUGAUGGACAAAACGAAAAGAUUGAAGUUCAAUUGGAACCUUCCAACUUGCAGCCGGAUGAGACGCCGGAGGUGAGCACCAUCGACCGGUACCAGGGCGCUGAGAACGAGAUCGUGAUCGUGUCGUUGGUUCGGUCCAACGCCGAGAAGAAGCUGGGGUUUUUGGGCACCGAAGAUGGCAGAAAUCGCAUGUGCGUUGCGCAAUCAAGAGCAAGGUGUGGCUUGUAUUUCAUUGGCAAUGUGGAGUGCUUGCGUUCAGCCAACCACUGGAGAGAGCUGUUGGACAUGCUACAGGAACGAGGAUGCGUUGGAGACCAGUUUCCGCAAAGAUGUCCGCGACAUCCUCACAUACAGAACUUUGCCACGGAAGCAAAUGAAGUUGGCUUUGUGUGCAAGCAACUGUGCGGGAAGGCCUUCGGCUGUGGGAUUGCUGAUCAUGUGUGCAAGCGCCAAUGUCACCCCGACGAAGGGAGUCACCAUGCUGACAAGUGCGUCUAUACCGUGCAGAAGACCUAUCAGUGCCACGAGUCGCCGGCCCACGUCUUUGAAACACCUUGCAGGAUCGAAACUGAGAGUCAACCGUGCCCAUUCAUCGAAAAGCUGCGGUGCAAGCGUGGUUGCCACACACUCAAGCGGAUGUGUGGGCAAAACACCGAGUCACUUGUGAAUGGUUGCACGAACCGUUGCCCCACUCAACUGGCAUGUGGACAUGAAUGUCCCAAUCGGUGUUCACAAGUGUGCGUGCAGGACGGAGACUGUCAAAUAUUGAAACGCUUUGACUGCCCUGUGUGCCCCGAUCACAAGAAGAUUUGGAGCGAAUGCAAUUCCUCUGCUCAGCAGGUGGCUGCCAAAUGCAAAUCCAAAUGCAGCAAGUUGUUGGCUUGUAAACAUCAUUGCAAUGAGCUGUGCAGCGAGGAAUGCACGACCCGAUGUGAGAAACGCUGCAAAAAGCUGCUGGAAUGUGGGCACUUGUGUCCCAACAAGUGCUUGGAAGAGUGUGGCAAAGUCUCUGAUUGCAAGGUGCUGAAAUUGUUCGAUUGCCCGGCCUUUCCUCGUUUGCAUCGGAGGAUACAAAGCGCAUGCAAUUCCAACCAGGCAGAGCUUGCGAUGCAAUGCGAAUCUCGUUGUAGUCGGCAACUGGAUUGUGGGCAUCCUUGUGGUGAGAAGUGUUGUGAUCCGUGCACGAAGCAGUGCGAGAUGCCAUGCCCAAAAAAGCUGGCUUGUGGGCACUUGUGUCCCCAAAAGUGCUCGGAAGAGUGUGGCAAGGUCUCUGAUUGCAGGGUGCUGAAAUUGUUCGAUUGCCCGGCCUUUCCACAAUCGCAUCGCAAGAUACAAAGCGCAUGCAAUUCCAGCCAGGCAGAGCUUGCAAUGCAAUGUGAAUCUCGUUGUAGUCGGCCACUGGAUUGUGGGCAUCCUUGUGGUGAGAAGUGUUGUGAUCCUUGCACCAAGCAGUGCCAGAUGCCAUGUGCUAAAAAGCUGGAAUGUGGGCACCCAUGUCCACAGAAGUGCUGGGAGAGUUGUCCGAGGGCCAGUUGCAGAGCGCUUUGCGGCCGGCCUUGUGGGUCUUGUGGACAUGCGUGUGAAGAACGCUGCUGCGACCCAUGCAAGUGCCUCCAACCCUGCAUCAGGGACCUGGACUGUGGACAUGUUUGUGGUAUGAAGUGCCAUGAAGCAUGCAAGUGCAUGAUGCCAAAGAAAGUGCUAUGCCAGCGAACGACAGGAAGACCCCAUGAAGUGCAAGGCCUUUGUGGUGAACGAGACGAGGACAUUGCUUCACGCUGUCAAGAGGCUUGCGGCGAAAUGUUGCCAUGCGGUCACACUUGCAAGAAGACCUGCAGUGCGUGUAUGCCACAUCAACCGGCUGAGUGCAAUGAACCUUGCGGUCGGGAUCUUCCGUGUGGCCAUCCCUGUGACCGUCCCUGUGGAGAAUGUGAGACCACUUGUGGUGCCUGCCUGAGAUGCACGAAGCCUCCAGCGCCCAAGGCCAUGCCCAAGCCGGCGACCAAGCGGAUGCCCCGACCUGCAGCGGAGGCACCCCGACCUGAGCCGCAACCCGAAGUGCCUCGAGCCGCGCCGCGACCAGAAUUGCCCCGGCGCAGGGUCGUUGAUGACCGCGAAGAAGCAGGUCCGGCGCCUCGACGCCGCGACGACCGACGCGGCCACGAACGCCGCAGAGCCUCACCUCACCGCGAGGAGCGAGCGAGGAAGCCGUGGAGAGGACGGGAUCGAGGACGAAGAGGAUGA